CUGGUCUCCACUCCGCCGCCCGCCCAGCCGCAGUCCGCAGUAGCCGCCGCCGCAGCGGGCCGCUGGCUGAGUUUCCGGGGCCGUCGCAGGGAGCGAAGCUCCUCUCUGCGCUUGUGCUUUCAUUCGCCCUGGCCUCUGGCCGCGUCGGUCCGCUGGCCGGGUCCGGCUGACCAGCUCACCCUCCCGCUCCUAGCCGAGGCUCCACGGCCGCUGCAGGGACGCGCCCACCGGACCCUGCCAGACUCGUCUGCCGUUUAGACCCUGCUGUUAAUGACACCUGCAAGGAGGCUACAUGGAGGGGGAUGGUUCAGACUCGCUGGUUACCAUUAAGAAUAUCGAAAGAGAGCUCAUUUGCCCAGCAUGCAAGGAGCUGUUUACCCACCCGUUGAUUCUCCCUUGCCAACACAGUAUCUGUCAUAAAUGUGUGAAAGAACUCUUACUGACACUUGAUGAUUCAUUCAAUGAUGUGGGAUCAGACAACUCCAAUCAGAGCAGUCCUCGACUUUGGCUCCACUCCCCUAGCCUGGAUAAAGUCGACAGGAUUAACAGACCAGGUCAUAAGAAGAUACUAAAUGGCUGGAAGCGCAAUUCACUGACCCCCAGGACAACUAUUUUUCCUUGUCCUGGCUGUGAGCAUGAUGUGGAUCUUGGAGAACGAGGAAUCAAUGGUCUCUUUCGAAAUUUUACUUUGGAAACUAUUGUUGAGAAAUAUCGGCAGGCAGCCAGGGCAGCCACAGCUAUUAUGUGUGACCUUUGUAAACCACCACCUCAAGAAUCCACAAAAAGUUGCAUGGACUGUAGUGCAAGCUACUGCAAUGAAUGCUUCAAAAUUUAUCAUCCUUGGGGUACUGUAAAAGCUCAGCAUGAGUAUGUGGGCCCAACCACUAAUUUUAGACCCAAGAUUUUAAUGUGCCCAGAACAUGAAACAGAGAGAAUAAACAUGUACUGUGAAUUAUGUAGGAGGCCAGUUUGCCAUCUCUGUAAGCUGGGUGGUGAUCAUUCAAAUCACCGUGUAACCACUAUGAGCAAUGCCUACAAAACCUUAAAGGAAAAGCUUUCAAAGGAUAUCGAUUACCUUAUUGGCAAGGAGAGCCAGGUGAAGAGGCAAAUUUCUGAACUAAACUUGUUAAUGAAAGAAACAGAGUGCAAUGGAGAGAGGGCUAAAGAAGAAGCAAUUACACAUUUUGAAAAGCUCUUUGAAAUUCUAGAAGAGAGGAAAUCAUGUGUUCUGAAAGCAAUCGAUGCUUCAAAGAAACUCAGAUUAGACAAAUUUCAGACUCAAAUGGAAGAGUAUCAGGGGCUUCUAGAGAACAAUGGACUUGUGGGAUAUGCUCAAGAAGUGCUUAAGGAGACAGAUCAGUCUUGCUUCGUGCAGACAGCCAAACAACUCCACCUCAGAAUCCAGAAAGCUACGGAAUCUUUGAAAAGCUUUAGACCUGCGGCUCAGACUUCUUUUGAAGACUACGUUGUUGAUACAUCUAAACAAACAGAGGUUCUUGGAGAAUUGUCCUUCUUCUCUAGUGGAGUAGAUGUGCCAGAGAUCAAUGAGGAACAGAGCAAAGCUUAUAACAAAGCUUUGAUAAAUUGGCACCAUCCGGAAAAGGAUAGAGCUGAUAGCUAUGUCCUCGAGUAUCGGAAGAUUAAUAGAGAUGAAGAAAUGUUGUCUUGGAAUGAGAUAGAAGUUUGUGGCACAAGUAAAGUUAUUUCAGAACUUGAGAGUAACUGUAAAUAUGCUUUCAGAGUAAGAGCCUACAAGGGUUCAGUGUGCAGUCCUUGCAGCAGAGAACUGAUUCUUCAUACUCCUCCAGCUCCAGUUUUCAGUUUCCUCUUUGAUGAAAAAUGUGGCUACAAUAAUGAACACCUCUCACUGAACUUGAAGAGAGACCGUGUAGAGAGUAGAGCUGGAUUUAAUCUUCUGCUUGCUGCGGAACGAAUCCAAGUGGGUUGUUACACAAGUUUAGACUACAUCAUUGGAGAUGUUGGAAUUACAAAAGGGAAGCACUUUUGGGCCUUUCGUGUGGAACCGUAUUCAUACCUGGUAAAAGCGGGAGUUGCUUCCAGUGAUAAACUACAAGAAUGGCUCCGUUCUCCCCGGGAUGCAGUUAGUCCAAGAUAUGAGCAAGACAGUGGGCAUGACAGUGGAAGUGAAGAUGCCUCUUUUGAUUCUUCACAACCCUUUACAUUAGUUACUAUAGGCAUGAAGAAAUUUUUUAUACCCAAGUCACCUACUUCUUCUAAUGAACCUGAAAAUAGAGUUCUUCCCAUGCCAACAAGUAUAGGGAUUUUCCUCGACUACGAUAAAGGCAAAGUGAGUUUCUAUGACAUGGAUCACAUGAAAUGCCUUUACGAGCGCCAAGUGGACUGUUCGCAUACGAUGUAUCCAGCGUUUGCGUUGAUGGGCAGUGGAGGAAUUCAACUUGAAGAACUCAUCACAGCAAAAUAUCUAGAAUACCAAGAGGACAUGUAGUUUAAGCAUCUGAUGUGACUUAGAAUGAAAAAUGUAAGCAAAAUAAUGCCUUGGUGUUAACCUUCGUAACUAAUUACAUAUCAUCUAAGUAUUCUGUCGCCACACUUGUCUUCUGUGUGUUUCUUCUUCAAAGACGGAAAACCUAAACAGCCUUACCUCUCCCGUGUCGCUUUUCUUUCUGCCUUUCACAAAUAGUUAACACGGUCGUGUCUUCCUUUUUUAUGAGCAGGAAACCUAAUUUAUUUAUAUUAGCUGGUGUUGCUGAUACUUACAUGCCUGUUGUUGCGGGAAUGCAGACAAAUGUAUUUAUUAAGUUUUUGUGUUUGGUUUUUCAUUUUUAUAUCAUGUUUAUGUCCUAAGAUGUUUUAUAAAUGCCUUAUGGAUAGAAAUUAGUACCAAGCAUUGUGUCUUGUAUUUGUUUUUGAAAGGA